GGCGCCAGCACGGCGGCCCGCGGGGAUGCUGCGCUACAGCUCGGGGCUUACGGUCACCGCCACCACCCCCAGGAUGACGGCCGGCGAUGGCGGCCGUGCCCGGCGGAAGAUGAAUGUUUGCAGACUACGUUUAACAGUACCACCUGAUGAAGUCUCACAGCCUGAGCAGGGAGCAAAAGAACCUGAAAGAAAGAAACAUGAGCUCUACCAUGUACCAAAUGGCAUGUCUCCGGGGAAGCUCUCUCAUGGAAUGGUGUAUGGCGUUGUGCACCGGACAGACAACAACCAUAAGAGAGAAAUGGUGGUUUAUGGCUGGUCAGCUGAUCAGCUGAAAGAGGAGAUGAAUUACAUUAAAGAAGUGAGAGCAACUCUGGAAAAAGUAAGAAAGAAAAUGUAUGGGGAGUAUGAUGAAAUGAAACGAAAAAUACAGCAGCUUACGAAUGAACUGAAAGUGACAAAUGCUCAUCAGGAAUCCUUAGAGAAUCAUGUGCGAGUGCAGGCUGCAGCCUUAGAUAGCUUUAGUGAAAUGAACAGCUCCUUGACAUCAGCAUCAAUAGACUUGCAGAAAACUCUGGUGGAUGUUACUUUGGAGAACUCUGAUAUAAGGGAACAAAUAAGGAAUUUAAAACACACACAUGAGCAAUCUAUGGAAAAGCUGAGAGAGAAGCAAAAACAACUGGAAACAGCACAAAUUGAAAAUCAGUUACUGAAAUUAAAGGUGGAAUCAUCACAAGAAGCCAAUGCUGAAGUCAUGAGAGAGAUGACGAGAAAACUGUACAGUCAAUAUGAGGAAAAACUGAGAGAAGAGGAGCAGAAACAUAAAGCUGAGAAGGAAAUUCUCCUAGAGGAAACCAACCGGCUUCUGAAGGCUAUUGAGGAGUCAAAUAAGAAGAUGCAGAUUACAGAAACAAGUAUACAGGAGAAAGACCAGAGAAUUGGUGAGCUGGAUCGGUUGAUUGAACGCAUGGAAGAGGAACGUCACCAGCUGCAAAAACAACUGGAACUAAAUGAAAUACAACUAUCUGGAGCAAAAUCUGAAAGCAACUCUGACAGUGAGAGGUCACAGCAUUUGGAGGAGGUAGCAGCUAGCCUAAGGGAGAGAAUAAAGCAUCUGGAUGAUAUGGUCCACUGCCAACAGAAGAAAGUUAAGCACAUGGUUGAGGAGAUUGAAAUGCUAAGAAAGAAAGUCAAAGAAAAGGAAUUAUUUAUAAUACAGCUUUUAGAAAAGAUUUCUUUCUUAGAAUGUGAGAAUAAAGAAUUACAAGAUAAAUUGGACUAUUUAAUGGAAAAUCAACCAAAGACCCAUGUAGAAACCAGAGAUGCUGGUGUAGGAUGUGAUCUUCCAUAUAGGAAGUUCAUCGAUAAGCUUCCAGAUAAGGGCAAGAAGAUCUCCGAUUUUGCAGAGAAGCUGAUGCGUGCCAUCUCACAAGAGGAAGAGCUGGCACGGACUGCAGAGCUGUUGUCCGCGGUCAGGCUGGAGUUCCAGGCAGAACAGGACAAGGCUCAUACCAGCAACCAGCACAUCGCACUGGGCGAACAUGCGCUGCACCAGAAGGAGCCCCCAGUCCUCAGUGCCAAUUCUCGUGCUGAAGAAGUUCCUAAGACUGCUUCCCAAGGACAGAAGGGAGAAUGUUUGGGGCACGAUACCAUAAGCAUGGCUUUGGAAAAUCAGAGGACUCAGAGCAAAAAUGAUGAAAUAAGGACUGUCAUAAAAGAUCAGAAUCUCUGUUGUGAAGCUAUUUCCCAAUCAGCCCCAAGCAGUCACCUGAACAGUGAUCAGCAGAUCUCUCGGAACAAUACUGAGGGUGGCACAGAAAGUGCUUUAGACAACUGUAAUGACACAUUGGUUGAUGCUUUUCAAAAAGUUACCAUUGGAGAUGGGGAUAAUAGUGAGAAAGUAUUGGAAAAAGAGCAGAAUGUGUCUAAACAUAAGGGCAAUAUUUUUGGAAGCCUGCACCCCAGGACACCACAUUAUAUUGAAGUUCUGGAGUCCAGAGCAAAAAACCCUGUCAUAAAAAAAAGCAAAUUCAAAACAAAUGCGUUAUCAGGAGAGCAGAGCGGAUCAUCGCGUGGUUCCUCACCCAGUCAGUCACCUGGGGGAUCUGGCUCUCCAAUUACUGCUGAAGAAAGAAGACUUAGAGAUAAGAAACAUUUGAAUGACGUCACAGCAGCUCGGCUACCACCACUUCACCACUCCCCUGCUAAGCUGUUGUCUAUCGAGGAGUCCAUAGCAAUUCAGAUACAGCAAAAAGAAGCUUAUGAGGAAAUGCAAGCCAAACUUGCAGCACAGAAGCUUGCGGAGAGGUUGAAUAUAAAAAUGACCAGCUUUGAACCAGAGGGGGAGGCUGCAAUGCAGUACAGAGAAGUGAGAGAUGAAGAUGAUUUUUCAGCAGAUGACUGAAUUCGGGAAGGGGUGUCAGAGAAUGAGCCACGUAACUGAUCCUUAUGCAAUACUUCUUAAAACCCCAACGUGAAUAUUGAUCUAAUUAGUUGUUUCUGAACAUUUUAACAUUACAGCUAUGGGAAGGGUUCAUAAUAAUGCUUGUACUUGUGAGGUUUAUUAAGUGAUAAGCCCAGUAUUAUUUGGAGACUGGUUUUGGAACACUUGUGGCAUUUAAUCCUUGCGGAAAGCCCAACAGUUUUCAACUACAGUGAAGUGAGCUCCUUUUCCAAGCUAUGAUGAAUCAUCUACAAGAGAAGGUUUCUUUUGCUGGGAAAUGUAAGUGUAAAGAGCCUCAUAAUCCAAGUCUGUAAAGUUAGCUAAGGUGCCUAUGAGCUGCUGGGUGGAAACAAUAUUUAUGAAAUCUCUUCUUUGUAUAAAUGUGAGGUACCUCUAUUGAGGCAUAGUCUAUGAAGGUCAUCUGUCUUUUACCAUAUGGUGACAGUGCACAUCCAAAUGACUACAAUAAAUUUGUGAUCAUUUUCUUCCUAUCA